CUCGGGUUCCUGCCUCAUAUGGGGCUCUAAGAGGCAGCAGAUCGCACGACAAGGCAGGACCAUGUUCCAGUAAAUGAGGUCUGCAGCUCGAGUCUCUCGCCCUAAUUCCCACCCGCGGACACGCCAUCCAACCAGAGAGAAUGAGGGGACCACGUGGGGCUCACAGCCUCCCAGGACCCAGAGGGAUGGUGACAGGAAGUGUCCUCCCUCUAUCCUAAGACCCAGACGGCAAGAAUGUGGAUGCCACGGGGCUGAGCCACAGAGGACUUCAAGGCAUGUGCGGUUCCGAGAGCCCCUGGAGGUGGCUGUCCACUACAUUGCCCGCAAGGAGACAACAGCCGCCAUCAAAGUCCCCAGCCGGCCAGCUUCCCAUGGUGGCUCUCUGCUUCAGCCAGCAUCCUGCAGUGGCUCCUUAUUCCUGUGGCUGAUUCUAUGUGUUCUGCUUGGAGUGGUGUUGGGCCUGUACUGUGGUCAGGCCAAAUAUGUCGCAGCAGCCCUGGAGGGCCUCUGGGCUCAGUUCCUCAUCCUAAUCUUGCGCCUGUGGCAUGUGGUCCUUGCCUGUUGGCACUGCCUCCUGCAGCUCCUGACACAUGGCUGAAUGGUGAUUUCACCUCUGGAGAGCACUGGAGGUUGAUGCUGUUGGGGGCCCAGAGUGGUUUUGGGGAUUGUGCGUGCUGGGGUAGCCCAGGAACUAAGGCUAAACCAGGACAGAGCUCUGUUAGCCGUUCCUUGACAAACCCAGGAACUCCAAGAGGCUGCUGGACAGGUUUAGGUGGAAAAAGAGGGAGGCUCUGGUUUGGAGCUAUAGGCAUCUCCUACUCCAGUCAGCGCAGGCUGGGAUCUUGGGAUUUUAAGACUGAAUCAGAGAAAGAACUUGACUGUUAUGGCUGGGGAUUCCUAUGU